AUGAGGCAGGCCGCUCGAAUCAAGACCAAAUCUUCCUGGAUCGUGGAAGACAGAGGCCAGGGGCACGAUCGAGCUCUUCUACACCACUACUUGCUGGACUUUGACUUCGUCAGGUUCGACUUCGUGUGGACAGGUCGGACAGAUCUCGGAGCCGAGACCGGCCCAGAGACCGAGGUGGUCGACGUGGUGGUGGACGAGGGCCUGAUCUACCAGAACCUGAGCCCGGGCCAGCUGUUGGGGGUUGCGGAUUUGUUCACAACUUCUGACGCUUUUGCAUUCUUCUUUUUCCUGAACUUUGUCUCCAACGCCUUGGACAUUCUGGACACCUUGGACGUUGUGGAGUUUUUCAACCAGGUCAUUUUGAUCUACCUCAACGAGUUGAUUGCAAAAUUGACUGGACCGGCUAGGUUGUUGGCAAUGUCAUGGAGUCAAGUGGACUUUAGAGGAAAAUCUGGUGUUAAAACCCUGUUAACUCGAUUAGCAGAAAGCCCACUGGUGCGAAAGAACUUGCCCAACACCAGUGCGGUGAUGAACCAGUACUUCAACUACAAGCGCUUCCCCAAUGAGACCAUUGCCAACUACCUCGUUCGGGAGUCGCUCUACUUCGAGGAGUUCAACGAGUCCCUCUUGGCCUUGAAGGAGGAACAAGAAGGAGGUUUGUCGCAGAACAUCUUUGACUUCAGUGAUAGCUCUUCUGAGUCCGAUGACGAGGACGAGGAUGGAUCAACCAAGAAGUCAAAGGGUUACCAGAAGGUUCCAACUUCAGAACCAUCCCCCAUGGGAACAAUGCCUGUGGGUUCACCUGAAGGCAGACCUACACCUCCUGAAGGAGCUCCAUCUGUGGGUCGUGGCAGCAGGGCCAGUCGGCCUCCUUUGGCACCUACGUUGAGCUCUAUGGACAGCUUCAUUUUGAAGCAGCUACGUGGUUGGCGUCUUCUUUCAGGAGCUUGCUUGACUGCGGAGGAGUGGCGUGCUGUGCUGUCAUCUACAAACAGCAAGCUGGACUACCAGAACAUCAGCAUGGCCUUGACCAUCCUCUAUGACGACCAGAUUCAAUCUCAUCGAGGAGGACAUCAACUACAUCAUGGAGGAGCUCAACUCUUUUCCCUCGAGGACGGCGACUGGGCUUGGGAGACACCUUGGUGGAGCGAUCAAGAUCAUUGGGCUAGCUACGCAGGUUGGCCUGAAGAAGAUGAAGAUUGGACUAUGGAAGAAGAGACAGAGGAAGCAGAAGGACAAGGAGAUGAUCCAAAGAAGGAGAACGAGGCCAUGGCUCAAACAACAUGGAGUCAGGCUCAUCGCACUACGCAGUUGGUGAAGAAGGACAGAGGUUUUGGUAAAGCCGUUGGGAAGUCUGGAAAGGCUUCUUCAGCCUCUGAUGGAUGCCACAUCUGUGGUCAUCCUGGUCACUAUGCCCGUGACUGCCCUGACAAAUUUGCCCCAAAAGGCAAAGGUGGUCGUCUUCACUAUGUUGGUGCCUACGACGAGGGCGGCAAGAACGCCUACUAUGUGGAUGACCUCUACUAUGUGAAGGGCAAAUUUGGUGGUGGCAAGAGCAAGGGCAAGUCCAAGAACAAAGGCAAGAACAACGUCAACGCCUAUGCCAUGGAGUAUGACGACUACAGCUAUGGGUACUAUGUCCUGGACUUCCCCGACGAUCAUCUUGAUCUACAUGCUGCGGCUCGUGAACCAGAUCCUUCCUUGGGUCAACGUUCUGUGACCACUGCCAACAAGACCAAGACAUCUCCGGCCUUGGGGAUGCUGGACACUGGUGCAACUUGCUCUGCCGGCCCCGAGAGUUCCAUCAAGAACAUGGUCAAUGUGCUGCUUCAGCAGGACAAGUCAGCCAAGAUCACUUUGGACGGAAAAAGCUGCCCCAGAUUCCGAUAUGGGACCCUUCCAGCCGAUCCACGAGAUCCCAGGAUGGAUCGAGCUCAAUGGCCAUGCCUGGGAGUGCACACCCCAGGCAAGAGCAAGUCCAACAAAUGGGCUGCGUGGACUCAGUGCGAAAAGUGCGGUUUGAGGCUGGAAUACGUUCCAAAACAAGGGAGCCCAGCAACCAAUGUGGAGACUUGCAAUCCCUUCAUGGUUCGCAAAGCUCUUCAAGAUCUACAGGAGAUGCUUCCAAGCGACAUGGUUCCCAACGAGACCCUGGUGAAAGCAUGCUACGACAAGGUGGCCGCAGAGGAGCGUCUGAAGACUCUCAUGCUGGACUACAAGGACCAAUUGGCCAAACUACAGAAGAAGGUGGAGAAGGUGAAACCGGGAAUGACAUCGGCAAAGAGUGGUGCCGAGUGCAACCACUUCAUGGGCCCAGGUCACACCUCCACACUCUCCCGAGCUGAACGAGAUGUUCGAUCUGAUGACGGAGGACGAGAAGCAAGAGCUGACCAAUCGUCUUCGACAGCGCCGGGAAUCCAUUCCAGUGUCGGACACGGAGAUCAAUCCUCCAUAUCAGCAAUGAGCAGCCACUACAUGACUGCUGCGGAGAUCAACCUGGACUUCGAGAACCAGCAUCCUCUACCUCUUCGAGUUGGUCAAUCGAUGGUGAACACCUUGCACCUUGUCAACAAUGAGUUCAACGAGAUCAUGGCGGAGACGGUCUAUGGAAAGAAGCCUUUGGUCUGGGAGCUUUUCUGUGGUCCUCAGUCUCAACUGACCACUUCAUGCUUGGAGAAUGGGUUGGAAACUAUGAGAACCAACUUGGCUAGUGGAUUCGACCUCUACAAGGACGAGACUUGGGACAAGCUCUAUGGACUGUAUGAUCGUCAUCGACCUGAAAAGCUCUGGUUCAGCCCACGCUGCACCUACUUCUGUGACUGGGUUGACCUCAACUACAGUCAUCGCCCUGAAGUUCUGCAGAAAUAUCUUCGAAAAGAACGACGCAUGCUGCGGCGCAUGCGGGAUUUCAUGAAGUAUGUCAUCUCCAAAGGUUCUGACAUCUAUUGGGAAUGGCCUUGGCGAUGCAGAGGAUGGAAGGAGAAGCUGGUUAUCGAGUUCAUCGAGGAGGUCACUGCUCAACUGAAAGAGAUUUGGACUUGUAGGAUUGAUGGUUGUAGAUUUGGAAUGAAAGGAGAAAGUGGCAACUUUAUCAAGAAGUCAUGGAAAGUGAUCACCACGGAUCAGGAGUUCUACAACCAAUUUCGACUCAAAAGCUGUCUUGGCAAUCACCAGCAUGAAUGGCUGGAAGGAACUGCUACAUCCAAAUCUGCCUACUACCCCGAACAGAUGUGCCGGAGCAUUGCGCGAUUUUGGAGAUCGAUGCUCUUGCCAUCUCGAUGGACGAAGAUGCUCUGGACUGCCCCUGUGCAGGGCUUGGAUCCUUUUCCUUCACUUCUCUUCACCCACAACGAGAUUGAGAAUGAGGCCAUCCUACCUGCUGGAGAAGUUCAUCAUUCUGAAGGAGAUCUACUGCCUGUUUCGGGAGUAUCACAAGAUCGAGCUCUUCAAGAUCCUGAGGAGCUACAACCUGGAGACCAUCAACAAGACCCUGACUAUGCAGGCGUUUCUUCCGCAGAUCUUCAAGCUUGGCGAGCCCAAAUAGCCCGAUUUCAUCGAGCAGCUGGUCAUCCGAUUGCUCGCAAUUUGGCGAGAAUGCUUCAAGAUGCACAAGUGGAGAAGUGGAAGAUCAAGGAGGCAUUUCAAUAUCGAUGUCCAGUUUGCGAAGAACACAAACCUGGUGGAAAGUCAUCGCGACAGGUGGCUCCUAUGUCCAUACGUCCUUUGCCUCAGCCCUGGGAACAUCUUGGAAUCGACAUCACCGAGUGGGAGGUCCCUGGAAUUGACCUCAAGGUGAAGUUCAUGGUGAUGAUGGACAUGGCCACUCACUAUCGCGUGACUGAGACCUUGGCGACCUAUCCCUACAGCAAGACCUACGUGGAAACAGCGGAUGAUGUGCUUCGAGUCCUUCUGACUCGAUGGAUCAUGGACAAGCCCAAGCCGAAGAUCUUGAUCCCUGACAAUGCCAACACCUUCCUCUCCCAGAAAGUGAUGGAAUUCUGUGCGGACGUUGGUAUCACUGUGAUGCCACCUCCUGACAAUGAAAGUUGGGCACAUGGAGUUGUGGAGAGGACGGUGCAGCAUCUCAAGGAAGCUGCCAACAGGAUCUACAGCUCUUCACCUGACCUUCCUCCUGCUCAAGUGGUGGCCUUGGCAACUUCAGCUUUGAACAGUACUGAGUUCCACCGUGGCUACACCAGUUUGCAAUGGGCAUUUGGUCAGCAAACAACACUGACCGAGGAGGAGCUUCGACAACAGAUUUCCCUUCCUGUGGAGCGACAGCAGGAUCAAUAUCUGCGACUACUUUCUCAACGAGAAGCUGCAGAACAACAUGCUCGAAAAGCUCGAGCGACCUUGCUGUUUUCCAAGUUGAAGAACACCUCCAUCAAGCAGCCUGUGCGAACUUUUCACAUGGCUCAGCCUGUCAUGGUCUGGCGGAAGUUUCUUCCUCACACCAUCUACAAGGGGAGAAAAGGAGGUAGAAAACACACAGCCAAACCCCGAUGGGUUGGACCGGGAAGAGUGGUCUUUCAUGAAUUGGUGCCCGGUCAGACAGAAUCUGAUCGAAAGCAGAUUGUCUGGGUCAUCCUUGGGAACAUCCUCUACCGAGCUUCAGUUCACAGUGUACGACCUUUGUCAGCCCGAGAACAAGAACUACAUGAAGCUCAUGGAGAUGAAUCACAUCGAUGGAAGGAGCUCACAGACAUGAUCCCACGGAGGAACUAUGUCGACAUCGAACCUGAACAACCUGAAGAUGGUGAGAUCGAAGAACCUUACCUUCCUCCAGUUCCUGGACCUCUUACCAUGAAGCCGAAAAUGAGAUUCUGGAGGAAAGACACUAUGUCGAACUAUGGAGAUCCUCUCAGCCAACGUCUUCAACGAGCACUUCCUGCACUUCCUCCUGAAGUUCCCUUUGAGAUCCCGAAUGACAAGGUCAAUGAGUAUGACUCCGACGUCGUCCCAUCACCAUCACCACCGUGUUCAGUGGAGGAGAUUCCUAGCGAUCGAGAAGCAGGUACGAAACCUACCUCAAGGAGAACAUCACUUGCUUCAGCCCCACCAAUUGCUGAAGAACCUGACGGAGGAGAACAUGGACCUCCACAACCUGCUGCUGAGGUGGUGGAUGAUACACCAGUGCCAGAGCCUGACCAGAAGAAGGCCAAGCUCGACGAUGAGGGCGAGGCUGAUGCACUUUUGGACUUUAACAGUGCAAUUCUGGAAUCAGGAGAAGGCUACUUCAUGAGUUUGGACUUGGAUUUGUCUUCCAAUCGGCAACGCAAGAUGUUUUUGAACAACCCUGUGGCCUUUUUGGCGAAGAAGCUGAACAAUGCUGAAGUCGUGUACCGACGUCUUUCUGAGGAGGACAAGAAGUUGUUCACGAACGCCAAAGCUGCAGAGGUAUCUUCCUUUUUGAAGACAGCCGCAGUUCGCCGUUGCCUUUCUCAUGAAGAAAACCUUCAAGCUCAGAACUCUGGCAGAGUGCUCAAAGCACGUUGGGUUUUGGUUUGGAAAGCGAUUCCUGGUGAAGACCGAUCCAAAGCCUUGGACUUACGUGCUGCGGAUCCGGACAACACCACAGUGAACGCUGAUGGUACUCAGAAGGCUAAAGCCCGCAUAGUGGUGCUUGGAUUUCAGCAUCCGGACUUGGCCUCAACAACCUUCAGAAGCUCAGCCCCAGUUCAAAGCCAAUUGAUGCGCAACUUGGCUCUCUUUGUGACUUCUCAAAGAAACUGGGUACUGGAAUCUUUGGACAUGAGUACUGCCUUCUUGCAGACCGGUGCUCAACAAAUGGAGGAGGAGAAGCUCUACACCAGUGGCGUGCCAGAAUUGAAGCAGGCACUUGGAGCUUCCGACGCCGAGCUGCUGCGCUUGGUAAAGAAUAUCUACGGCAACAGUACUGCACCUCGUGGACUUUGGCAAGAUGUUGAUGCGACUUUCAAGAAGUUGGGCGCUCACCGAAUUGUGGGCGACGCAUCAUUUUGGGUGUGGACUGUGCCGAAUCCAAAACCUAUGAACAAGUGGGAUCAGAACAUCCUACUUGGCUAUGUUGGUGGACACGUCGAUGACUUCACUCUUUCAGGAGACCUUCAAGAUCAUCGAUGGAUGGAAAUUCGAAAACAAAUCCUUCAAGCCUACAAGUGGGGAAGCCAGAAGCAACAGAGCUUUCGCCACACUGGCGUCGACCUCGAGAUCAUGGAGAAAGGAAGCGAAAGAUGGGCUCAACUUUCUCAGGACUUCUACAUGGAGACCCUUCAGGACCUCACCAUUUCACCUGAACGUCUUCGAGGAGAUCCUAAGGCUAUCAUGACUGAUGGUGAAGUUGCAGUUUGCAGAGCUUCACUUGGAGCCUUACAAUGGGUUGCGACACAGACCCAACUGCAAGCUUGUGCCCGUGUUAACUUGCUGCUUACAGAGUUGACGGUCAAUCGCAACAUCAUGGUGGCCAAGGAGAUUCAGUCCCUCAUCAAGGAGAUCCGCUCUGAGCCUGUCACUUUGAAGAUGUGGAGAAUUCCAGAGAUUCAGCAUUGGCAAGAUGCUGUGAUUGUGACAUUGGCAGAUCAAGCUCAUGCCAAUCGUCCUCAAGGUGGAUCGACUGGUGGCUACAUCACCUUCAUCGGUGGCCCCCAGCAUGCACAAGGAGAAGCAGGACGUCUCAACAUCCUGUCUUGGAGAUCUUGGAGAUUGAAAAGGAAAGCGAUUUCAACAAAUGAUGGUGAAAUUCAAUCCAUGGUGGAAGGCGAAGAUGCAAACUUCAGAACGAGAUUCCUUUGGUGCCAGCUCAAUGGCUGCAUCCUUAAGGAAGAGUUGCUGGACGAAGCGAAUGGCAUGGUGACCUACGUACGUGGGAUUCUUGGAACAGAUUCCCGCGGUGGCUUCGAUGCAAUCAUGAAGAACGAGAGCCCCUUACUUGGCCUCUCAAACAUUCGCAGUGCUCUUCAGGCCUUUCAGCUGCGUGAGCAGAUCGAGAUUGCCAAGACAACUUUGAUUUGGCUGUCUGGCGAUUGGAACCUUUCCGAUGCCCUGACCAAGAAGGACAAGACCGCUCGCGCUGGAUUGAUGCAGUUUCUUCGAAACUGGAUGUGGAAGCUUUCCUACGAUCCCAAUUUCAUCCAGUCUGAGAGGAAGUCAAAACGACUUGGACAAGGCGCAGUGACCCAGAUGCGCCAACUCCAAUCUUUGGUUCCAUGGACUUUCAUGGAUGAUUUGGAGGCUUUUUCAGAUACAUGA